GUAAAAUAUGAAUGACAAAAUCUUGAAAUAAAUAUUCAAUGAAUUCUUUGAAUUUCAGUUACUUAGAACUCUUGUAAGUGCUGCAUCAGAUGAAAAUUUGCUUGAAAAUGUUUCUCUAAUAAAAGCAUUUCCGGAAAACUUUGAAGAAAUACAAAUAAGACGUUAUUGUGCAUCCUUGGAAGAAACUAUGCAAAAAUUGGAAAGCAUGCGAGAAGAAAUAAGAAGAAGAUCCACUGGUUCAUAUCCUGGAAGUAUGGCUGAAGAGGAGUUGAAAGAUACUUUAAAAGAAGCCCAAAAAGAAGCAAAGGAAUCAGAACCUAUUUUCAAAAUGUAUAGAAACAUGAAUCAGUCUGAAAUUAUAAUUUCUCUGGCUUCUGAAGUAAAUCAAUUGAGAAAAGAAUAUGAUGCAAUGCAGAUUCAACAUCACAAGGUGCAGGAUGCAUUUGCUGCUGUAAAAGGACAAAAAUCUUGGAAUUUAUUGUGCAAGUGUGUAAAAGAAGUAGAUCAUAUGAGACUUGUGUUGAAUGAAAUGACAGAGGGGCAGUUUGAGCAGGGGAUCAUUGAAUAUGUGGAUCCAAAAAGAGUAAACAAUCUUGAAAGAAGACUCACAAGAACAGAUAAAAAUUUACAAAUUAUGGAACUUGUUUUAGACAGACUUCAAAAUUUCAAAGCAGACACUGAGGCAAUGUUGGCAAAAUGUAAUCCUAUCCUUGAACAACUGUAUAUCACCGAGCAAAAGGAAGACACAACCAUACAGGACUUAAGGAAUGCAAAUGAAAUAUCCAAGCGAAUUGGAAAAAUGGAAGUAGAUGUGGAAUCUAUGGCAAAUGUAAUCACAGUGCUGAUGGCAAGACUUGAAGGAAGAAUUGCUCUAAUUGAAGCUACUGUAAAAAAAAUGCAACUUUUGGAUGAAGCUAAAGCGGACAAAGAUUAUGUACAGAGUACAUUCCCACUAAUGGCUGAUAAAGAACUUGUUAAUAAGACAGUGACUUAUGAAGAUAUGGCCAAAGUAUUUAAUGAACUGGGCGAGAAGCUGAUGAAUUGCUUUGGGUGUAUAAUGGAUAUAAUGAUGAAAUGGGAUGGAAGACUGGAACAAUUUCAGUUGGAUACAGCAUACUCAAUAAACAAAAAUGAAUUUUCCCAAUUAAUGGAAAUACUAGAUAAAAAAUUAGUAUCUCUGUACAUGAGAGUGAAAGAUUUGGAAAUUGGUCACAUUCAGGAACAAAAUUAUAGAUCCAAAGAUGAUAUGAUUGUAUUCAAAAAUUUGCGAUGCAUCACUUGUGAUGCAGAUGCUGUAAUGAACUGUAGGCCUGAUAUUUUAAUUCCUGUUCCACCUAAGUGUCCUGUGAGGUUUCCCAUUGCCCCACAGGUAGCCUAUGAGUUACAUGCUCUUCGAUCCACAACUGAGGGAUUGUUGAAGAAUGCCACAGAUGUCUGUAAAAUGAUUUGUCCAUCAGAGACAUCUUGUGAAGUUAAGAAAGGAAUUGACACACAUUGUAAAAGAUUUGGUAAGGAAAUUUGUACAAAUGAUCAAAUUUGUACUCCUCCAAACACAGCAGAAAGUGUGGUAAAGAUCACAGAACUAGAUAACUAUGGACUUCAAGUUGCACAACUAAGUACAAAGGGUAUUCCUCAAAAGAAAAUUGAAGAACUUGGUGAGAUGCCGGACCAACCUGUGACCUCAGUUGACAAAAACAUUCGGAAAGCAAGUUGCAAAUCUUCAAAAAAGAUAAAAAGAAAGCAAUAAGCAACAUAAAAGUUAGAAAGGAAGCAAUGUUUCUCUAUAAAUGCAUUGUAAAAUGUUAUUUUCUGCAAAGAUGUCUGGUAUCAUGUUUUUGGAGCAAAAUAAAGGAAAUCAACUUCCUGCUCAAGGAGAUUUCUUUUCAUAUGGAUAAAAAUUAACCAAAAGUAAUCCGAGAAGGGAAAAAAUAGCAUUAUUCAUGAGGAC